CGAGCUUUCAAAGCAGCACCUGAACGCAGCAGCCAGUCAAGUCCCAGUGAGGUUAUAAAAACCUCUCCAAACCAGCUCCGAGGGAACACAGGACACAGUCCCCGGAUCAACUCUCUGUCACAUUCAACCAAAAGUCCCAACAAGACGCGUUAAAGAGAAUUUUUAAAGAUGCCGGCCACAGAGAAGGACCUGGCUGAGGACGCUCCGUGGAAAAAGAUCCAGCAGAACACCUUCACCCGCUGGAUCAACGAGCACCUGAAGUGCGUCAACAAGCGGAUCGGGGACCUGCAGCUGGACCUGGGCGACGGCCUGAGGCUCAUCGCCCUGCUGGAGGUCCUCAGCCACAAGAAGAUGUCCAGAAAGUACCACCCGAGGCCCAACUUCAGGCAGAUGAAGCUGGAGAACGUGUCGGUGGCGCUGGAGUUCCUGGACAAGGAGAACAUUAAGCUGGUCUCCAUCGACUCUAAAGCCAUCGUGGAUGGGAACCUGAAGCUGAUCCUGGGUCUGGUCUGGACUCUGAUUCUGCACUACUCCAUCUCCAUGCCAGUGUGGGAGGGCGAAGAUGAAGAGGCGGAGUCAAAGACACCUAAACAGCGUCUGCUGGGCUGGAUCCAACACAAAGUCCCUGAUCUGCCAAUCAACAACUUCAGCCAAGACUGGAGGAAUGGCAAGGCACUGGGAGCACUGGUAGACAGCUGUGCACCAGGCCUGUGUCCAGACUGGGAGACCUGGGAUCCAGUGAAACCAGUGGAGAAUGCCACUGAAGCCAUGCAGCUGGCCGAUGACUGGCUGGGCAUCCCACAG